ACUUGCAUGUAAAUACAAACUACAGUACAUCCGAAAAUACAUUGAUAUUUUGUUGACUCCUUGAGUCCAAAAUUCUGUUUUCAAUGAGGUUUUGUUUCAAAAUGAUGCGAAGUUAUUGUCGCAGUUAGCCACACAAUUAAUGUGGUAUUGGUUUAGUAUUUUUGAGCAGUUAUUGAAAGGGCUGCAAUUUCGGAUUCACACAUUCGGAUAUUCUUAAAUGUGAUAUAUUGUCAAUAAAAUAAUAUUUAAUGUUAUAAGUUAUUGCAUUUUUAAAGCAGUUAUCUUAAUUUGAUUUCAUUUUCGCACUUAAAAAACCAGUGCAAGAUAUUUUAGUUGAUUAGCUGGUGCAAAUCUCAACAAUACUGUACCCUCUAAUAAACUGUGCACAAUAGACCAGUUGACAGUGCCGUCACACACACCAGCAAAGUUUCCUUGAUCCACAGAUUCUUCAUCACAAGAGUCUCUUGGUAUACAUUAGUCGCUUGGUAUAUAUUCCACACAAUUUUAACGAUGGGUAUCAUCAGCAAAAUAAGAACUCCAUCAAAGAAUCAUUUCAUUUUGUUACUGUUGUGUGCUGUCAUAAGCUAUCUCAUUCGAUCAAGAGACUCGUAUGAACUAAGGCCAGUGUGGCGCAAGCGGGCGGAAUAUCAUCAUUUUGAGAACAAGAAAUACCCUGUGAAAUCUGAACAACUGCCCCCACCAGUUAUCACAGAUCUAGAUAGUGAUGGAAUUAAUGAAGUUAUAUUAGUGACAAACGACUUAAAGCUGAGCGUUAUGACCCUGCCUGAUGCAGUGAAAAAAGAUGAGGAAGAUAAAACUCUGCCGCAUGUGUCAGUUAAGCACAAGGCCGUGUUGCCCCAGGCAACCAAUGGGGGACAGGACCAACCCUCGGGAUGGCCGGUGGUCAUGGUAACUGGAUUUACAGAGCCAUACUUAUCAAUGGUACAAGUGAGACAUCAGGUCAUUGUAAUAGUCACCAACACAUGGUGGGUGUUCUGUUACUCGUCUGACCUUAAGCUUCUCUGGCAGCGACAGCUGCUAGACUUCAAGGAGCAGUUUGAUAACUACUACGUCAAGUCCAUGGGCGCCCACGUCACCUCACAGUCCGUGAAAAAGUCUGAUGGGGGUCUGAUCAUUGUUGGGGGCAGCUACGCUCACAAGCAACACCUUGAGACAGAAGAGAAGGAAAUAAACAAGGAUGGCAAUGCCACAGAUUCGUCUCACAAGGAACACAGUGUUGAUGAGAACACGUACACCCACUUCUCAACAUUUGCCCUGGCUGGGCGGGACGGCACCACACGCUGGCACCAUCUGCCAGGGGAGUUUGGAGAAGAAGAGACAAAACAUGAGGAGCAGGGUCAGGAGCAACACUGGAAGUUGUCGUUAAAACGGCAUCGGCUACACGUGGGAGAGUCGCCCUGGACCUACUACAAGAAUGAGCUCUACAAGGCCUUGCCCCACAACUGGCGUGAUGUAAAGGACACAAGAUUCACUCUGGGUCGAUACCAGAAGGUGGUGGAUGAGGGAAUGUACCAGGAGGGGGAGGAGAAAAGUGGGGCACAGUCCCCAACCCCUGCAGCACUGGACCCUAAACAUGUCAUAGGAUAUGCCUACGGUGGCCAGAGACCACACAGCCACUCCGAACACGUGACUAACGCCAACGCAGUGGUAAUCAACCACCAGAAUGGGGUUGAGGUCCUGAACCUGCUAACAGGUCGACCAAUCACCCGCCUCCAGCUUCCCGACGAUGGGGCGGUGUACGGGACCCUUGACGCGGAAAAUGACAUCAAGAAACUGUCGUGGGGCGAGCAGGAGAGGUACAGCCCGUGUUUCCUGGAGAUCCAGCGACUGUUUCCCAUCAAGGAGCAGCUGGAACGGUUCCCGGUGUGCAUGACCAAGCGGCUGUUCUUCACCACAAACUGGGUGUACGAUGAGGACAUGUUUGUCAAGUUGCCACCACUGGUUAUAAAAAGUGUGGCGAGGAAGUCUGGAAUCAUCCGUCAUCUCCUCGGUCACCAUCUGCGUAAUGAGACAGAUGCCUACGACCUUAUAGCUAUCGGGAGUCUAGGACGCGUGUCUUCUGUUGACAAGAACGGGGACUUUAACUGGCAGACGCAGACUUCAGCCUCCUGGGACGGGGUUGCGCUGGUAGUUCGGCAGAUGAAGAAAUCUGAUUGGACGGAGCAGUCCCAUGAGUUUCUCAACUCGUUCCACCCUGACAGAGUCCUUAUGCCCCUCCAGUUGUAUGGAGACAAGGUGAACCUGAUUCUGGUUGGCUGGUCCUCUGUCAGCCUGAUAGAGCUCACCGAAGGACGUGUGCUGGCCGAGCAUUCUACCCCCUGCCCCUCCACCGGGCCCCUUGUGGUCGGAGACUUCAACAAUGACGGCUACAAUGAUGUGAUCUUCACAUGCAAGUUUGGGUACAUUGGGUUUUCCUUACAUCGCCGUGCCAACCACACAUACACAGUGAUGUAUGGUGUAUCUGUGUUCCUCGUCAUUCUAGUCAUUGGCUGGAUACUCUCCCCUGAGAGACGUUACCACCGCACCGGUGACAGUGAUGAUGAUGACUCCACUUGAUGGAAUACAAUUAUAUUUAGUGAAUUUAAUGAAUUUGUCGAAUUGAAGAUUGAUGUUUUUGGAUACUGACAGUAAACUGGAUAAGGUUAGGAUGCAAAUAUUUUCCAUCUCAAAGUCUUGUCCAGAAAUAUUUAUUAUCAAUACACGUGUGUGGUCAGACAUUGAGUGGUGGCGAUGCAUUGUCAGAAUGAAUACAGGUAUCUGGUGUUACCAUAAACUGCUCAAAUUUGUGGAAGGUAGAGGGCGCGAUUGGUGCUGACAUAGAGAUAUUAUUGUUUAUUGUUGUUAUUGUGCAUAUAUCACAUUGGUGAUAGCAGUGAUAACUGCAUGAAAAAGUAGAAAAUAGUUUUCUACAAGCAUCAUUUUGUGGUUAUGAACUGUGUAUGAUGAUGCCUGAGAAAUGUCUCCAUAAUUUGGCUCUUAACAGGAUUGUGUGUGUUUGUCAGUUGAUGACUUGCUAGUGAUGAUGUGAGUGAAUUCAGGGUUUGUUUGUCAGUUGAUUACUUGCUAAUUUUUGGGGAAGCGUAUAGUCGCCGCUUGGUCUGUCCGUGUGUGUGUCCGUCCGUCCAUGCACAAUUUUUGUCCGGGCUAUUUCUCAGCAAUAAAUGACCGGAAUUCAAUUAAACUUUAUGGGAAGCUUCACUACCAAGAGGAGAUGUGUAUAUUAUCAGCUGGUUCUGGUCGGAUGAUUUUUCACAGAGUUAUGGCCCUUUGGAAUUUUCUAUAAACUGUACAUAUAGUGCAAUUCUUGUUGUCUUCACUGUUUGUCUUGUCUUGAUUUGUUUAAAAGAGACAUCCUUAACCAAAAAUUCCGUGAGAGUGGAAAGUGUUGUCCCUGAUUAGCCUGUGAAGACUGCACAGGCUAAUCUUGGAAGACACUAAACGCACAUACAAUAAGCCUGAUUUUCCCAGUGCAAGGCUCAUAAAAUGUAUGCUCUUGAAUGUGGAAAUCCUCAGAGGAACGUAUAUUUUAUAUGCUGUCAUCUCGUCAUGAUGAGAUUAGUUAUGACCAGUCAUCUUGUAACAAUAGGAUUUUUUUAUUACCAAUUUCCUGUUCUGUAGCAUUAGCAAUACUUUUCAUUAGUUGCAAUCAAUAGCAAAAAAAUUGUGAAGCUAGACAUUAUUUAAGGGUUAAGAUGUGUAUUGCAUUUGUUAUAUUUAUUUUUGCUCUAUUGGUGUAUUUUCUAUUUGGUAGAAAUAUCUGGAUGUUUUUUGCCUAUAAAAAAUUAGCGUCCAAUAUCUUUGAUUAUUAAGUAUGAAUAUGAAGGGAAAAUGGAUAUAUAUGUAAGCAAAAUUAUGUGAAAACUGUUAAUUUUUUUAGAUAGAAUUGCAUGUUUGUCCGUUACAUUUUAAUAUAUGCAUUCCAUUAUAUGAAUACAUUUUGUUUGUAUUUAAACAUUCUUAAAAUUAUUUUGAAGAAGGUCUAUUUAAAAAAGUUAUUGUUUGACCUGUUGUGGUGUCCAUCUGAUUGGAAGCUAAUUUGUUCAAGCCGUAUUAUAUUGUGUUCCUUUUCUGAGAGGCACUAAGCUUAUGUUCACCAUACUCUGUUUAAGAUGACAUGCUUACUAAAAUGUGGGUUUUGUAUUAAAAGUGUUAAAAUAUUGAACCUGUAUGAUACAUACUAUUUAUACAAAAAAUAAAUGACAUGAAACAUA